UGUUUCCGCCUCGAACUCUUUUGCGGCUGGGCAUCUGCCGCUUCCCUCUCAUUCCACUCUCCAUACCAUGACUUCUGAAUUCUGAUAUAAAUCGCUUCCUCACUUCCUUCACUUCACAAGCACUCACUCCUUCCAUUCAUGGCUUCCACGCCCACCUCUCUUCUUCUCUCCUUACUCUUCUCUGCCCUUUGCUUGGUCCAUUCAUCUCCUCUGAUCCACUUCUCCCACCUCUCUCAUCUCCUUGAUGUACAUGAACGAGAGCGACCUUCUGCGUCGGUUCAGGAGGCUGCCGCUCGUGGCCUCCUCAAUCGCCUUCUUCCUUCUCAUAGUUCCAGCUUUGAUUUUCAGGUCAUCGACAAGGAAACAUGUGGUGGAGAUGCUUGCUUUAUUAUCAGCAAUCAUCCAUCAUUUAGCGAAAAAGGGCAUCCGGAAAUCUUAAUUCGUGGAGGAAGUGGAGUGGAACUUUCAGCUGGACUGCAUUGGUAUUUAAAGAGCUGGUGCAUGGCACAUAUAUCUUGGGACAAAACUGGCGGCACACAGUUAUUUUCAGUGCCUACACCAGGGUUUCUACCACAUGUUCACCCUGCUGGUGUGUUGAUCAAAAGACCUGUUCCAUGGAACUACUACCAGAAUGCGGUUACCUCUAGCUAUUCAAUGGCAUGGUGGGACUGGGAAAGGUGGGAGAAGGAAAUUGAUUGGAUGGCUCUGCAAGGUAUUAAUUUACCUUUGGCUUUCAAUGGACAGGAAGCCAUUUGGCAGAAAGUUUUCCAGAAAUUCAAUAUCAGUAAUUCAGAUCUGGAAGACUUUUUUGGAGGUCCAGCAUUUCUUGCAUGGUCCCGCAUGGGUAAUAUGCAUGGAUGGGGUGGACCAUUGCCUCAGACUUGGCUUGAUGAUCAACUUGCUCUUCAGAAAAAGAUUCUUUCUCGUAUGUUUGAGUUUGGAAUGUCUCCAGUUCUUCCGGCCUUUUCUGGAAAUGUGCCCUCAGCAUUGAAGUCCAAAUUUCCUUCUGCAAAAAUAACUCGGCUUGGAAAUUGGUUUACUGUUGAUAGCAAUCCAAAAUGGUGUUGUACAUAUCUCCUGGAUGCGACAGAUCCCUUGUUUGUAGAAGUUGGAAAAGCUUUCAUAGAACAACAGUUUAAAGAAUAUGGGAGAACUAGUCACAUCUACAAUUGUGAUACAUUUGAUGAGAAUACUCCUCCUAUUGAUGAGCCAGAAUACAUAUCCUCUUUAGGUGCGGCAAUAUUUAAAGGAAUGCAAAGUGGUGACAAAGAUGCUAUUUGGCUGAUGCAGGGUUGGCUGUUUUCGUAUGAUCCAUUCUGGAAACCCUUACAAAUGAAGGCACUCUUGCAUUCUGUUCCUAUUGGUCGAUUGGUUGUCCUUGAUCUAUUUGCUGAAGUAAAACCUCUAUGGAAUACUUCUGAACAGUUCUUCAAUGUACCUUACAUCUGGUGCAUGCUACACAAUUUUGCUGCAAAUAUUGAAAUGUAUGGAAUUUUAGAUUCAAUUGCAUCUGGACCUGUUGAAGCUCGUACAAGUGAAAACUCAACUAUGGUUGGUGUUGGAAUGUGCAUGGAAGGCAUUGAACAAAAUCCUGUGGUCUAUGAUCUUAUGUCUGAAAUGGCAUUUCAUCAAAAGAAAGUGGAUGUGAAGUCUUGGAUAAAACUAUACCCUGAACGAAGAUAUGGAAGGUCAAUUCCGGCAUUACAAGAUGCAUGGAGAAUUUUAUAUGAGAGCAUCUAUAAUUGCACUGAUGGUGCCUCUGACAAAAAUAGAGAUGUAAUUGUAGCAUUUCCUGAUGUUGACCCAUCCUUUAUCUCAUUAACCGGAAACUUUCAACCUGCAAAUAUGAACUUUGGAAAACCACUACAAAGACAACUGAAGACAAUGUCUGAUUCUUAUGACCGACCUCAUCUGUGGUAUUCAACUGCUGAUGUUGUUCAUGCGCUAAAACUUUUCCUGGCAAGUGGAGAUUACGUAUCAGAUAGCAACACUUUCAGGUAUGAUCUUGUUGAUCUCACCCGACAAGCUCUUGCAAAAUAUGCCAACCAAGUAUUCCUGAAGACUGUAGAAGCAUACCAGAACAAUGAUUUUGAAAGGGUCAAUGGAUUCAGCCAGCAUUUUCUUGGUCUUGUCAGAGACCUUGACUUGCUUCUCUCCUGCCAUGAUGGAUUUCUCCUCGGCCCCUGGUUGGAAAGCGCGAAGCACUUAGCAAGAAAUACUGAACAAAAAAAGCAGUAUGAGUGGAAUGCAAGAACCCAAAUAACAAUGUGGUUUGAUAACACUGAGACUCAAGCUAGUUUGCUUCGAGAUUAUGGGAACAAGUAUUGGAGUGGUCUUUUGCGAGAUUAUUAUGAGCCCCGGGCAGCCAUCUACUUCAAGUAUAUGUUGAACAGCUUGUUAGCAGGGCAUGAGUUUGAACUUGAAAAUUGGAGAAGGGAAUGGAUUGAUCUCACAAACACAUGGCAGAACAGCAAAAAAGUGUUCACGGGAAAAGCGUCCAGUGAUGCUCUUAAUGUUUCCCGGUGGCUGUACAACAAAUACCUGCAAAAUACGAGCUUUGAAUUGGUAUUUACUGUCUGAAUUCUGAAGAUUUUAGCCUUUUUUUUUUUUUAUUUUUUUUUUAUUUUGUUGCAAGGUCUUUGGAUAAACUAUGUUUGUGACCAUUGAGGAUGUGUAUUGGUAGAGAAACUUGAACAAUGUUUAGAACUAUAUAUAUGAGGACCGAUCUAGGUACGUUCCGUAGAAUGGGAUCGUUGGAUUUUAAUCCAAUGAUUUCAAAUCAACUAUUUUGUGAACAGUAAAUUCAAAUGUACCCGUUCAACAGUGCAAUGAAAAGUUUUUGAUUAAA